ACUAAAAUUAACAGCCAAAGUUUGGAGGCAUGAAUUAUAGCCUUAAGUGUGUGUUGGUGGCUUAAUGUGGUAAUUGCUAUGCCUUCUUUUCUAAGGGUGUUAUGGCUUCUUCAGCCUUUCAAAAAUACACUUUCUAUUGGACAAAAAAAAAGAAAGAAACAGAAAAUACAAGUGGGACUGAGUACCAAAUACCAAUUUAUUCCUCUCCUACCUCGUUUCCUAUGGGUAAACUUUCAAAGGGAGGGUUAAGGGCGUUUUGGUAAAUACGUCUCCUCUGCAACAAAAUUAGGGGUUGUAUUGUAUCACUUCCUCUCUCUCUCUGACCCUGUACAAAACCCUAGCUCCCUCCAGAACUUGCAUGGCUUCUUCUGACUCGACCUCGAGGCUCACUGAUUUAGGGUUUUCCAUUAUUUCUUCCGUGUUUCUCAUGUAAUUCAUUUCCUUCUCUUCUUUAGUUUUUCUUUUUUCUUCCUUCUUUCCCGGCAGUUGAUAAUGAUUCGGAGCAGACGCCAAAGCGGAGCCUAGUCGGGAAGAAAUUUGGUUGGGUGUUUGUAGAUGCAUUCAAAGCGAUCGGGGCAGAGUGAUGAGCCGGAUUCGAGGCCGGUUAGGUCCAGCGACCGGCUCAGGAGGACACCUAAGGCUUAUGGGCGCGCUUACUACUUCUACGGCCCCGCCAAUAUCAUUCGGAAGAGGAAGGGCAAGACCAAGACCCGCACCGCUGCUUCUCGCAUUGCCAAGAUGCUCUCUCCUGGAAAUCGCUCUCGCCGGACCCAUCACGCCUCUAAUAACAACAACGAAGACGAAACUAACCUCCGGCGGUCAACUAGAAAGCGGAAGAUGGUAGAUCGUAGGGACUAUACGGACAGUUCAGGUUCCGAGGAUGAGGACAUGAUGAGACCCUCAUAUCGAUCUUCGAGGAACCAGAUUGAUAAUAAUGUUAGCCAAGAUGAGUUAUCAUUCCCGAAGAAUAUAAAUACUAUGGAAAAUAAAUCAAUGCCUCGACGGGAAGGAUUACGGCCUCGUCGUUUGAGGGGAGCUGCAAGAGGGCAGCGAACUAUGGAAUCUGAUGAUGAACAAGGCAGUUCAGAAGAAAAAGUUGGUGAAGAUGACACCGAAAAUGGGAAUGACAUUGAAGAUAUUGAAGUAAGUGAUGGUCAAAAUGAAGGUGAAGGUGAAGGUGAAGGUGAAGGCGAAGGUGAGGGUGAGGGUGAAGGCGAAGCUGAAGUUGAAGCUGAAGUUGAAGCUGAUGGCGAUGAUGAUGGAGAGGAAGAUGGCGAUGAUGGAGAGGAAGAUGGUGAUGAUGGCGAGGAAGAUGGUGAUGAUGAAGAGGGUGAAGAAGAACAAGAUGGAAGAAGGCGGUAUGAUCUCAGGAAUCGAGUCCGUCGUAUGUCUCUAGAAGAAGGAAAGCCGAGAACUAGAUCUACUCGAAGGGUUUUACGUCAAGGAAUGGGGACUAAGGUUAGCAGGGAUGUUAGGAAAAGUGGAUCACGGGUUCAUAAGCGUCACCGGAUUACAAGAACAGAAGAAUCUGAUGACUCUCUUCUUGUGGAUGAGUUGGAUCAAGGCCCUGCAAUUCCAUGGGGACGGGGUGGGAGUAGAUCUGGACCACCUUGGCUCUUUGGCGGGCUUGACAUGCAUGGGACAACAACAUGGGGAUUGAAUGCUGCAGCCUCAGGUUGGGGUCAUCAGGGUGAUGCUUUGGCCACCUUGACUUCUGGGAUUCAAACUGCAGGGCCAAGUUCAAAGGGAGGGGCUGAUAUUCAACCUUUACAGGUUGAUGAGAGUGUGAGUUUUGAAGACAUUGGUGGACUUUCAGAAUAUAUUGAUGCGUUGAAGGAAAUGGUUUUCUUUCCUUUAUUAUAUCCUGAUUUCUUUGCCAGUUAUCAUAUCACCCCACCAAGGGGGGUAUUGUUGUGUGGCCCCCCAGGCACUGGAAAGACGCUGAUUGCUAGGGCAUUGGCUUGUGCUGCAUCAAAAGCUGGGCAGAAGGUGAGCUUUUAUAUGCGUAAGGGUGCUGAUGUCUUAAGCAAAUGGGUUGGUGAGGCAGAAAGACAAUUGAAGCUACUUUUUGAGGAAGCACAAAGGAAUCAACCUUCCAUAAUUUUCUUUGAUGAAAUAGAUGGACUUGCUCCUGUGAGGUCUAGCAAACAAGAACAGAUUCACAAUUCCAUCGUAUCUACUUUGCUUGCUCUGAUGGAUGGUCUUGAUUCUCGUGGACAAGUUGUUUUAAUUGGUGCAACAAACCGAAUUGAUGCUAUUGAUGGAGCCUUGCGUCGUCCUGGUCGUUUUGAUCGGGAGUUCAACUUUCCUUUGCCUGGUUGUGAGGCACGUGCUGAAAUAUUAGAUAUACAUACCCGCAAAUGGCAGCAUCCUCCUUCAAAUGAGUUGAAACUAGAACUUGCAGCUAGUUGUGUUGGAUAUUGUGGUGCUGAUUUGAAGGCUCUUUGCACUGAAGCUGCCAUUCGUGCAUUCCGUGAAAAGUAUCCUCAGGUUUAUACAAGUGAUGACAAAUAUGUCAUAGAUGUUGAUUCAGUCAGGGUUGAGAAGUGUCAUUUUGUUGAAGCCAUGUCAGCCAUUACUCCUGCUGCUCACAGAGGUGCCACUGUUCAAUCUAGACCGUUGUCUUCAGUAGUUAAACCGUGUUUGCAAAGACAUUUGCUUAAAGCCAUGAACUCUAUAUUUGAUAAUUUUCCCCCCCUUGCAAUGUCUUCUGAAUUGACUAAGCUCUCUUUACUUUCCUAUGGAUCGGCAAUUCCUCUUGUCUAUAGGCCCCGGCUUCUGUUGUAUGGGAGUGAAGGUUCUGGACUGGAUCAUCUUGGGCCUGCAAUUUUGCACGAACUAGAGAAGUUCCCUGUUCAUUCUCUGGGUCUAUCAUCUCUACUUUCUGAUCCCAGUGCAAAGACUCCUGAGGAGGCAUUGGUACAUAUAUUUGGUGAAGCAAGAAGAACAACACCGUCCAUCCUUUAUUUGCCCCAGUUUCAUCUUUGGUGGGAGACUGCACACGAGCAAUUGAGGGCUGUUUUGCUGACCUUGUUAGAAGAAUUGCCAUCUGAUUUACCUAUAUUAUUACUUGGGACUUCAUCAGUAUCCCUUGCUGAAAUUGAUUCAGAGUCUGCUUCAAUAUUUUCGCUCCGUUCUGUCUACGAGGUUGGUGAACUAACUAAAGAAGACAGAAUAUUGUUUUUUGAUCAUUUAAUUGAAGCUGCUUUGUCAGUCUUGUCGGUGGGGAUGGCAAAGAAAACCCAGGAGUUGUCAUCUACUCCUGAACUUCCUAAGGCUCCAAAAGUGGUAAGUGGACCAAAGAUCUCUGAGUUAAAAGCCAAGAUAGAAGCUGAGCAGCAUGCCCUUCGCCGAUUGCGGAUGUGCCUAAGAGAUAUUUGCAACCGGAUUUUAUAUGAUAAACGGUUUAGUGCCUUCCACUAUCCUGUCUCAGAUGAAGACGCUCCCAACUAUCGUUCAGUAAUCCAAAGCCCAAUGGACAUGGCUACUCUUUUGCAGCGAGUUGAUUCUGGGCAGUAUAUUACAUGUUCGGCAUUUCUUCAAGAUUUUGAUCUCAUAGUAUCCAAUGCAAAGAGUUAUAAUGGAGAUGAUUACAACGGUGCUAGGAUCGUUAGCAGAGGCUAUGAGCUUCGAGAUGCUGUUCAUGGAAUGCUGUCACAGAUGGACCCUGCUCUUGUUGCAUGCUGUGACAAGAUUGCAGCACAAGGUGGUCCAAUGAAUAUACCAGAAGAAUUCGGGGGAUCUACUUUUCCUUCAACUCCUGUUGUGCAGUUGGGAACAACUAGGGCAAGUAAUCGACUUCGAAAUGUCCAGCCAGAGGUAAAUCUGGAUCAAAGUUAUGAGGCUCUAAAACGACCGAAAAAGAAUGUAGAUACUGCAAAUACAGAAGAGAAGUCUCGACAACAAGAGCCAUUAAAGCCAUCUCAGGAAUCAGAAGUAAUGGAUGUAAAUCCCGAAAGGCUAGAAACAUCUGUUGCUGAGCAGAAUAAUGAUGAAGCUUCUGCCAGAGAAGUUGAAGUUUCUGAUUCUACCGAUGGAGGUGGAUCUCUUGAUGUUGCAAUGUUAGAUGUUAAGUUUGCAAACCAGGUGAAGUCUGUAAAGCAGAAUUUUGUGGAUCGAUCAGAAAACUUCAACAUUCCACAGCUGGAGAGACUUUACACCCGAAUUAUGAAGGGAAUUUUUGAAAUCAAGGAUAAGGUAAGUGGAGACGAUCCCAAGGCUUCAAUCUUGAGUUUUUUGCACAAGUUUGUGGAGGACAAAGCAAAUUUCUAGCUUAUUAUUUUCACUCAUAAAAUAGAAAAAGGAAAAAGAAAAGGAAAAUCUUGUAGUCAGAUAAUGUAAAUCCGGUAUCAUUUUAUUCAUAUUGAGUGGUAGCUUUUUUUUU